UUUGCAUUUCUUUUUUGCAUCUUAAUUAAUUGAUGCAGUUGUUGCUUUCUCGAUUGUUUUGUUCUUUUUUGUUUAUGUCAGUGUGAUAUCAGACAGACUCACAAGCAGUGGCAUAUCAACCCCACGAGUCACAAUUGGCUGACCUAAUCUAACCUCGGUUCUCCAGCUCCGAGGAAGCAUUCAACCGCAAUUCAUCUCGGAGAUCUGCAGAUCAAACGGCAUAGAAAAGAAACAAAGUGUCUGAAAGUUACAAUCUGUCAGCUCAGCCUGUUCAGACCUCACUUGUUGAUAUCGUCAUCAGGCCAUUCGUUGCGCCCAUCACCCGUUGAACGUUGAACUCUAGAUAUCUUCAUUGAAGACGGCGUACUCCACUUACCGAGCAAUCAAUUCAUGUUCGAGCAUCGAUAAAUUCAUCAAUCGAUACAAUGGCUCCUAAAGAAAUCGAAGCAAAGAAACGUCGAACCCGAAGCGAUUAUGUCUUCCACCAAGAAUACCGGACCAGAUGGUUCGACAACGACAUGUACGCCCAUCUCAACAACACCGUCUACACCAUGCUCUUCGACUCGAUAAUCAACACCUGGCUAAUCAACGAAUGCGGCAUGGACCCCUUCAGCCUCAACAACAAAGACCACUCCUCUUCGACCCCUAAAGCCGCCGAACAAGUUGGUAUUAUCGUCACUUCGUUCUGUGAUUAUUUCGCUUCUGUUGCUUUCCCGGAUGUUCUAGAGCUAGGACUCCGGGUGUCGAAGUUGGGGUCGUCGAGUGCGAAUUAUGAGGUGGGGGUGUUUAAGAAGGGCGAGGAGGCGGUUAAGGUGGUGGGGGGUUAUACGCAUGUGUUUGUCGCGAGGGACACUAUGAGGCCAACUAAAGCGGGUAUGGAGGAGAAAGUGAGAAGGGGGUUGGAGAAAUUACUUGUUGAGGGGGAGAGAGGGUCAAAGUUGUGAUAUCGAUGGAUUCAUAGAUUUGAUAUCAACAGCGGCGGAGGUAUAUACAUACAGAGUUAGCUGGAAAGCACAACAACCCCAAGAGAAUAGUGCAUUAUACAGCACAUUAGACAUCCUUAUCACAUGCAAAGCAGCUCCUAGUUUAAAUCGCUUAGAAAAGAACGGUUAGGCCAUCCACUAUAUAAACCGGUUACCCCGCCGGCC